AUGAAGGUAUCCUUGGAUUCGCUAAUUGAUAAAGCCCAAUCGGCUUUUAUCCCGGGUAGGAGGAUUACGGAUAAUAUUCUUAUGGCCCAUGAGCUUGUUUCUAGGUACCAGUUGUCUAAUGGCCCACCUAGAUGUGCGUUUAAAAUUGAUAUUAAAAAGGCUUAUGAUACGGUGGAUUGGCGUUUCCUAGUUGUUAUGCUUGAAGGUUUAGGAUUCCAUCCGGUUCUGGUAAAGUGGAUAAGGGAGAUGGUGUCCACCACUUCCUAUUCACUUUCAUUCAAUGGUAAUUCCUAUGGUUUCUUUCAUGGUGGAAGGGGUUUGCGACAAGGUGAUCCUUUAUCUCCUUACCUUUUCACGAUUGUUAUGGAGGGGUUUUCUAUGCUCCUUAAACAAUGUAUUCUUGAAGCUGCUGAGUUUGGUUACCAUCGGGGAUGUGAGGAGCUAGAAUUGACUCAUCUUUGUUUCGUAGAUGAUUUGUUUGUUUUUACUAAAGGGGAUGUUAUUUCGGUGGAAGUGCUCAAGAAGGCGUUAUUUCUGUUUCAAUGUCGUUCGGGAUUAGCUCCAAGUCUUGAAAAAAUUGAAAUUUACUUCGGAAAUGUGCCUUGCAACAUUAAGGAGGCCAUUCUAGAGUGUCUCCCUUUUAAACUUGGUUCUUUUCCUGUUCGCUACUUGGGGGUUCCUCUAUCUCAGGCUCGGUUGAAACUUUGUGAUUAUGCUCCGUUAAUUGCUAAGGCUCCUAAGGAUGAUCUGAGAGGUAGAUGUAGAUUAUCUUGGGAUGUGGUUUGUCGUUCUUUGGCUGCUGGUGGCCUCGAUAUUAAGAGGCUAUCUAUUUGGAAUAGGGCUUUAUUGGCGAAACAUGUGUGGGAUGUAGUGAGGCAUCGAGAUUCAUUGUGGGUUUCUUGGAUUUAUGGUCAGUAUCUUCGUUCUUCUCAUUUCUGGAUGAUUGGGGAUGGUAGGGCUACAAAUGCUUGGGAAGAUAAUUGGCUAUCCUGUGGUCAUGUUUCGGCGUUUAUUUCUUAUCGGUUUGUUCAUUCUUGUGGUUUUUCUACUUCUACGACGUUUCGUGAUCUUCUUCUGAAUUGGGAUGGUAUUUGGCCGGAUGAUUGGAGUAGUCGGUUUGCUGAACUGCAGUCUUCUCCUUUACCUUUAUUGAAUGAUUCUGUUCAUGACAAAGUUCUCUGGAGUGAAGAUCGUAAUUCUGCUGCGAAUUUCUUGGGGCGUCUUCCUACUCAAGAUCGUAUGAUUUGGAAGGAUGAGCCCCCGGAUCUAGAAUGCUCCCUUUGUAGACAGUGUAUGGAUAGCCAUUUCCAUUUAUUUUUUCAGUGUCCUUAUGCUCGAGAGGUUUGGGAUAGUAUAUUGCAUGUUAUGGCUCUGACGGAUAUGCCUUCCACAUGGGAUCUUUUUAUGGAAACAAUUUCGGAUUCAAAUCGUUGUCCGAAACGUUUAAAACAGAAGCUUGCGGUGGCAGCAUCUGUUUACUAUAUUUGGCAGGAGCGAAAUAGACGUCUCUUUACUGGGGAAAGUCGUACGUCUUUGCAACUUGUUAAAGUCAUUGAUGAUGCUAUCUCUAUGCGUGUAGAUUGGUUAUCAAGGAAGCCUGUGCGAAGUUUUCUUUGA